AUGGAGGCGGCACCCUUGAUCAAGGCCCACGACCAUGCGCGCGCCGCAUCCGAGGCUACCCAUGCCGCGAACUCGACCGUGGCCAUCAACGAGCACACGCGCGCCGCCGGCGAGUUUGCAAACGCUGCCAGGAGCACCACCAGCGUCGAGGCCCUAAGAACUCUGAAGCUCCUCGAGCAGCACCACCAACGACUGUCCGAGCUGUUGAGGAUACCGCUGGAACGUGCACAUUCGCACCAACCUGCUGAGGAUGAGCCGCAGAAACCCGCAGAGAAGGCCGACGAGGGCACAUCCUCGGAGACUCCCACCGCACCCAGCUCAAGAGUCGAACCCGACAACGAUACUUCGACCGAGAAGAACCCACAACCCAUCCCUAGCCUACCGAAGCCACAAAAGUAUCCUGUACGCGACCUCGGUGCUUCUAUAGCUAGCAAUCUGGCAUCUGCCCGAGGAAUCCGCUCCAAGUACCGCUCGCAACCUUUGACUCCGAGUGUAUCAAAUGCAGAAGCACCCGGAAACCUGGAGCUCACCACGCGGAGGAGCGGGUCUGGAUCCAAGUCGAAAAUGCAGAGCAUGAUAGAUAAUGCAGACAGGCCCGGCGCUUCAUCACCCGGGAAGGUUUCUCGGCAAGGGAGCUUUGAGGGGCGAGGCAUGGAGAACGAAAGGGGUCCACCAAGAACCCGCGAUCACCUUGCACCACCUGCCGACGAGGGCUUCUCCAAAUUCUAUAGCACAUUCGGCAGCAUCAUCAAUAGGAUCUCAGCACCCCUGGCAUUUGCAGGUCUGCCUCUGAUCGGUGAGGACCCGGCCGAGGAAUCAACGCCAGUCCCAGAGACUCCGCCGCCAAAGCGAAACAGACAUAGGUCUUCAUCGUCUGUAUCUAUGGAACCUGACUUGAGCAAGCUGUACUCCGGGUCCACCCUGAGAGCCAUAGCCCGGGAUGGUCAAUCUGCAACCGACUCGUUUUAUGUCGUACCGACCAGUGGGCAUACCGCCUCCUAUGCCAGCAUCCUCUCUUACGCCGACAAGGAAAAGCGUCGCAUGGAGGCCUCUGUACUCGGGGAGCUUGGAAAGGUCGCCGAGGAUCCAGAUGAGGACGACUUUGUAGAUGCGAGGGAGUCACAGGCACCAUCAUCACCAGGUCUCCGGAGAAAGACGGGAAAGAGUCGAUCCGAAAGGGAGAUGAAUAACGUAGUCGAAGAGCUUUACCUGGAGAAUAAAAGUCUCAAAGAUAUGCUGGACAAGCUAAGCAAACGACUGCACGCGUUCGAGUCCAUGUCGCAGACGUCAGGCAUGCGGCUGGCGGAGAGCAUGAGGCUCAUGCGCCCCAGCUCUCCGGUCUCGACUACAACGGGGAGCAAGCCAGGGACAAUGGCGAGCGGAGACGAUACUCUGAAGAAGAGGAAUCAGGAGCUUGAGGAGCAACUGCUGCUUCUUGCGAACCAGAUGGAAGAUCUGCAGAAGGACUACAAUAAGGCCCGCGCCAACCUCAUCCGCUACCGUGAGAAGUGGGAUCAGCUCAAGGCAGGAGCCAAGGCACGGCGGGCUGGCGGAACACAGGGGAGUUCGGAGGGAGCCGAAGAAGCGAGCCGGGCACCUAGUAUGGCUUGA